ACACUGCUUCUCAGGCUUGGCCGUAUGUCAUUGUCGGUUUUGUUAAAAGGAGUCAUGCAUAUAAGAGCUGCACUCAUUAUAGGACAUGCAACAUGCAUUCAGUCACAACUAACUCAUCUCGCUCAGGCGCCCGAUCCACGAGCACGGAAGACGAAUUCCGGAAAUAUGUGAAUGACGCCUACGUCUAUCUGUAUUCAAUCUCCUCGUUUUGUGCCAUCUUUACUAUGGGCUUUUUGCGGUCCACGAGGGUGCUGCAACUUACCCGGCUAUAUAUACUCCUGCAUCUAUAUUUAUCCUAUUUAGUUAACAACGUACUAUGGAUGUUAUGGUACCGAUUAGUCUUACAGGAUGACAGAGGUUUAAAGCUGAGUGCCUUGUCGUGUCAAUUACUUCAUGCAAUGUCGAUGUAUGGCAUGUUGUCAAGUUACAUGUGGAUGUUUGUGGAAGGGCUGCAUUUGUACAUAUCUCGAAAUUUUGAGUGCGCGCGAUGUCUGAAAAUGAAAAUGUAUAUUUGCUUGGGAUGGGUCUCGCCAGCAAUUAACGUACUUAUAUACGCCAUAGUAAGAACUUGUUAUGCAAAUGAAUCUGACAGUGCAGUAGUAGAACAUUGA